UUAUGCAGAACUACAUGUGGGCAACGAUUAGACAAAGAGAGCAUUUUCUCUGAAAACUUGUAUGUUGGAGUAUGUUUCUGGAGGAUUUUGUGUCUGUCCAUUCCAUCUCUUCCUAUCUUAUGUGCAUUAGUCUUCACGUUGAACAUUACUGGAAACAGAAAUCUGAUACAGUACCUUCCAGUGUGUAAAGUGAUCAUUUUCUUCUUCAGGCGUUGGGUUAAGAGGACAGGGAAUGGAUGGCUGUCUCAGACGCAUUAAUACAAGGACUUCUUCCUGAAAGAGGCGUCGGAUUCCCUAAAAAGAAUGGCUCGUGUUGAACUUUUACCAUGAAAUUUAAGCGGAAACAUUUCCUGAUUCUGCUCUGUGUGAUUGUGCUGGUCAUCUGGGGAAGAAAACUGCUGAAGUGGGAUCUGAAUCGUCAUUACAUGCCGUCAUAUGGUGGAAGUCGUAAAGAAGACAAAGUCACUCCCACACCAAGCAGUAUAUCAGUCCUGAGUGGAAACAAUUCAUUGUGUGACUGUAAAGCCCAAACAGACCUUCAUCAGUUUCUACCAUCAGAUCAACUUGAUGCCAUCAUUAAAAGCAGAGCAAAAGAGUACAAGGAACAUCAGCUCAGAAUAAAGACAAAUACAGACAUUCUCAUUGCACGGGCCAACUCUCCUCUCCAAUAUCCCAUCAGAGGUUUCAAUGUAGCUCCUCUACAAAAAAGUCUAAUACCAGGUCUUGCUCUUUAUACACAAAAGAGAGAAGUUUACAAGGUAUCUUUAAGUGUGGAGAAAGGGGUGCUGUCAGUGGAUGAUGAUGUACAUCAUCAGGUGAAUGGACAGGGUGAGAGUAACUUGAAUAUCUCAUCUUUACGCCUCAAACAAGUCAAUAAUCUGCUGAGCAGAGUGACCUACACCAGCACCAUCUACCACAUCAGAACAUCAGAUUUGGUGUAUUUUCGUUUUGAGGACAAUGAAGCCGUAUUUCCAGUCUCAAUAAGACGACCUGCAGUUCCUGUUCUGUAUUCAGGAGGAAAUGAUAUCAACUCAAAGGUUACUAUUACAACGAAGACAUUUCUGAGAUAUAACAAAUUAAAAGUCCUCAUCAAUAGUAUCCGCAAGGUUUACCCAAAAAUCAAGAUCAUCAUUGCUGACGAUAGCCCAAAGCCGGAAAAUCUGUUUGGUGACAACAUAGAGCAAUACAUCAUGCCACCUGCACAGGGCUGGUUUGCAGGGAGGAAUUUAGCUGUCUCACAAGUCACCACCAAAUUCUUCUUGUGGGUAGACGAUGACUUUGAGUUCAUGGAUGAGACUCGCAUUGAGAGCUUUGUGGAGAUUAUGGAAGCGAAUCCAGAAUUGGAUGUAGUUGGUGGAGCGGUCUCAGGUGAACAGUAUUAUUUCAGUCUUGAGUAUGUUGAAAAUGAUGAAGGUGGCUGUUUGAGACGUUUUCAGGGAAGGCAUCAUAAGCCACUUCCGGGAUUUGAUGGCUGUUUUUUUGUGGAUGUGAUAGUGAACUUCUUUUUGGCUCGGACUGAUGCAGUGAGAAGAGUUGGAUUUGAUCCCUUUCUAAAAAAAGUAGGGCACACCGAGUUCUUCAUUGAUGGACUUGGAAAGCUGUUGGUGGUGUCCUGCAAAGAUCUCUCUAUUGGCCACCAGAUACAUGAAUCACAUGAAGAAUAUGAUGUUAAUAGGAAUGAGGGGGAAAGUGAAAUAGAGAAAAAAUAUGCCCAUCAUUUUUAUAAGAAUUAUCUGAAAUGUAUCAAAUACUGAAAUUUUUUUUUAUCUAAUCACUGUCUCUCUUUUACUCUUAUUUCGAAAGUGCACAACGCUUUUUAUAAGACAUAUUUUGACUUAAUUUAAUUUAUUUACAUGGGGGCUUUGCAUUCUGGUCUUUGUUUAUAUUUUGUUGGUCAUUUUUUCAUUUGCUCAUUUUUGCCAGACAUGCAUUCAUUACUCCUUAAAAAGGAAAACAACAGCAUUCUGAUCUGCAAAUGGUUAAACAAAUAACUGGAUCACUGGUAGUUUACCAGUCAGUGUUUCUCAUUUUAUUCUACAGAAUGUUCAACCUGAUCCAGAUUAACUUUAAAAUGAAUUAAAUACAAUUAUGUAAAUGAUGUACAUUUCAUCAAUGCAUUGUAAAUGUAAAUUUAUUUAUUUAUUUGCAAUUUUACAUAUAAUUGUGUUUUGUGAAUGAAAUUAAGGGUGUUUUCACACAUCUUUUGUUUGAGCCCUCCAAAUGCUCUCAGACUCCCCUAAAAGGACACAAAAGCAAACCAUACCCAGACGUCUGGAGGUGGUCUAAGUACGGUUCACUUUUGCGUCAAUUUGUGGUUUGACAUGUGAAAGCAAUGAGGUCCCAGACCACUUCACAUAUCGUUUUGACAUAUAUCAACUGCUACACAACUGCACUCUGAGUUUUUAUGAAGUUGUGAUAUGAACGAUUAAAGGAUCUCAGAUCACUUCAGUUCUGAAAAGGACUGAAAAACGAACUGGGUCCUCUUUUGAGUCCACUAUAUUGUGAAUACCAACUGAGGUCACAUUCAGCUAGUUCCUUUUCUGGUUCGUUUUAAGUCAACUGGGUUUGGUUCUUUUAAGAACUAUUAAAAAAACAUCCUAAGACCUUCAACAUAGAUAAUUUAUUUAUAAUUAAAUAUCCAAGUGAAAGUUUGUGCCUUGUCUUUCAACACUGUUAAAUGGUGCUAAUGGUGCCAUAAAGGAUCGUGUUGCCCCCUUGUGUAUAGUGCAUUCCUUUGUGGCAUAAAAAACUUAAAAUUUGAAUUUAACAAAACAUAUUAAAUUAUACAGUGUA